AUGAAGAAUGGUGCUGAAGAUAUUUGUGGUGAACGUCAGUCGAUGGUCAACCGUCUUGGGGUAACAACGUCUAGCUAAUCAAAUAAUUUUCAUUAUAAAAUUGAUUUUUCUCUAAUUUUAAAUGAACACUACCAAUCAGUCUAAAUUAAAAAGUGAAAAAAAAUAAAUUAACUGUUAAAUUGCGGCUACAGUUUUUUUUUAUUUUGAAAAAAAAGGAUUUGUGAAUUAAAUGUUACGAUUUUUAAUUUAUAAAACACGCGUGUAUCUUACGAAAAGCGACGAGAUCUUAUUCGAUUAAUUAAGCGACCCAAGGAGUGCGAGAAUAUAAUUAAUAAACUCGUCUUAGCCAAAAGAUCAAUGAACUCAGUUGUAAUUUUUUAAUAAUAAAUUUAUUUUAUUAUAACUUUUUCAUUCAACAAGUUAUCAGCUGGUUAUUCAGUAAGUUCGAAAAAAUAAAAAUAAAAACAAGCCAUUAUUUCGAUGGCAAUCAGGACCUCAUGUAGUGUUUUCAAUUUACCAGAACCGUGAAGUGAUUGCUUCUGUUCAGGACUGAUGAAAUAAAAUUUAAGGAUUAAAUAAAAAAAAGAGUCUUAUAUAAAACAAAGAUAAUGUUAAUUGAAUAGAUUUUUUAGUUGAAAAAUUAUUAAAACAUUUUGAGGUAAAAAACAAUGGCUUCUGUUUGUGGCAGUGGAAAAAGUCAUCCAGCUUUAUCAGUUAGCAGCUAUUACAGGCCAAGUCCUUAUCCUUAUCAGAAUGAUUACUAUCUACCACAUAGAUCAGCUUGGUCAAGAGUACCACCACCCUCCUCAAAAAAAAGCAACGAAAAUAAAACAUGGAAAAUUGGAAGUGCAGUUCUUGUUGUUUCAGGAUUAAUUGUUCUUGUUGUUGUUCUUGCAAUUGCCGGGCUUGCAUUAUGGAUGGGAGCAAUGCGUUCAGACAUAAAAAAUUCAUCAAUUGGAUUUUCUUGCAGCUUAAGAAUAGCUCGAGGAGAAAAAUACAAUCCAAUGUUAAAAUUAAACACCAGCAUGGUGUUUCGUGAGAUGGAACGCAAGUACAAAAACAUCUUUGAGUUGCUGUUCAGAAGAAGUGUCCUUGGAUCUUGUUUCAAGCAGACAUUAAUAGAUAGAUUUGAGAAUGGAACGCUCAAGGUUUUCUUUAGAUUAUACCUGGACAGAAGGAAGAUACCAAGAUCCAUCACAAAUGUCGAGGAUACUAUACAGGAUAUUAUUGCUAAAGAAACUUACUCAACAACGUCAUUAUUCAAAGAUAUGGAACUAGACUUGACGAGUAUUUCAAUCAGACGUAUUAAUGCCGAGUCAUCAACAGCUCGAACACAAAAGCCAAAUAUAUCACAACAACGUAACACAAUGAUAACUAAAAAUGGUCUAUUACGACCAAAUAAAACAAGUCCACUUUUAUCAACACAAAUACAAAAAUCAAAACCAUCUAAAAUUGAACCAAAUGAAGCUGAUAUUGAUUUUACAAAUAUUCCAACAAUUCAAGGAUCUUAUCAAGCUACCAAACUUAAUUUAACAAAUGAUGCUCAAAAAAAUAACAUUAAAAUUAACACAAAUAGAAAUUUCACAACAACAACAACAACAACAACGACUGCAAGAAGCAAUUUAUCAAUAAAUGAAACAAUGUUUAAGGACAAUAAUAAAUCAGUUGAUGAUAAAAUAGAAACAUCAACAGCUUCAACAACAAUUUUACCAGUUAAAAAAAUAUCAACUUCAAGUACAGUACCUUCAACAACAACAAUCAAACGAAAUGAUGAAUUUGAAAAAUUUUCUCAUCCAUCUUUUGAAGAAUCUCCAUGGCGUCCAAUAAUUCCAAAUUAUUCUCAUACAGAAUCAAUAUUUUCAUUACAAAAUUCAACGACAGUUUCAUCAAUUGUCAGUCAAACAAAUUUGCCAGAAAAUAUUAAUCAAAAAAAUAAAGGAAAUUUCGAAUAUGGAAUAAUCGAAACAACUGAAAAGAUAAAUGAUGAUAAAAUUUUAAGUACAACAAAUUUAUCAUUGGAUGAUGAUUUAAAAUUUAAUUAUGCUACAAUUAGUAUUGAGACUGAUUUUCCUCAUGAUCGUAUUGUUCCUGAAGAAAUGAUCAAUUUUCGACCAAAUGGAAAAUUUAAAAAUAAAAUUCCAAGUAUUGAUGAUGCAAGUAAAUUUGACAUUGAUAGACAUCCAGAUAUUGAAAUAUCUGGACAUUUACCUGAAGAAACAUUUGACAUACAUUUAAAAACAUUCCCGGGUUUAUCAAAAACCCCAGAGACACCUAAAAAUGCUACGAAUGAUUAUGGAAAACGUGAUAAACCAGUUGAAUCAACUCAAACUGUUUUAGAUGAAAUAAAAAAUAAAAAUAUUGAUGCAAUUGAUGAAAUUGAAAUGUCAAAAAUAUUUGAUAAACCAGAAGAGCUAAAAAUAUCGGGAAUUGGUAUUGCUGAACCAGUUCUUGAGCAUGAAAUUGAUAUUGAGUCACGAAAUAAAUUUUCAGAUAUUUUAGCAAUUGAUAAUAUUGAUGAAAAAAUUAAAAAUGAUAAAAAUAUACAACAACAAAUUGUUUCACCAUUUUAUACUAGUUAUAGAACACCAGAAUUAAAUGGUUUUAUUAAACCAAGUAUCAUUGAUAAUCCAGGAACACUUAAACCAUUUAAACAUACAAUUCCAGUUGAUAAAAUUAGCUCUAAUACUGACCCCUUAAGUUUGAUUAAUCAUCAAAAUGAACAAGCUGUUACCAAAAAUACAGGAGACAUAAUUGAAAAUAAAGAUGAUUUAAUAUUACCAGAUUUUCAUGAUAAAACAUUUGAUACCAAAGAGAAUCAUGAUACAAAAAAAAUUAUUGAAACAGCAAUGAAUCCACUGGACUUGAAAUUACAUGAAUCAUCAACUGAAAAUCCAAAUAAUUUAACAUUAAUUAUUGAUAAUGGAAAUUCAUCAAAACCAAUAAAUAAUUUUUCAGCAAUUGAAUCAACAAGUCCUUUAAUAAAUUCAACAUUCGUUGAAGUUGUUACUGUUGAACAUAAACCAGUACUGUUUGAGGAUGAAUCAUCAAUGUGGAAAAUUGGAAAUGAAUCAACAACAGAAGCUGGAAUAAAAACUUACAAUGACACAUUGAAAGCAAAUAUUGUCAAAAGUAUUGUAACGUUAGCACCAACAAAAAGUAAUUCCGGUGUUAAUAGACCAAUAAGACCAAGGCCAGUAAUUGAAAAUGAUAAAGUAACACGUGAUCUAAUUGGCAAUACCAAAACGAAUGAUAAUCAUCAUCUAAUCGAAGGUGGUACAUUAUUACAAAGUAUAUUUGGAUCACGUGAUUUGGUAAAGCCUUUGUUGAAUCAACAAAACCAUCAUCAUGAUGAUGAUAAUAAAAAUAUAAAAAGUAUUGUUGAAGUUGUAACGUCAAUAAGUACAAAAGUUUCAACAAAAACUAAAUCAAAUAGCAAUAUUUUGUCGUCAUACAAUGUAACAAAUUCAACAUCAAAGCCACAAGUUGAUUUUCAACAUACAAAAUUAAUAAAUGAUGAAAAUUUACAGCAAGAAAAUACAAAACAAUUACGUAAUUUUGAACAAAUAAAUCCUGGAGUUAAUAAUGAACAAUUAUUGUAUGAAAAAUUGAAGAAAUUUGCUGAAAUAAGAAGAGACAAUGAAUCAAGUUUACCUGAGAAUAAAAAUUCAACAAAAUUUAUACCAUUAAAAUAUGAAAAUGAUGAUGAUGAUAGAAAAAUAAAUAUUCAAUUUGAUAAAAUAAAAGAAUGGGCUAAUGUCUCAACAGGUAAUAAGACGAUCAAAGCAUUUAAUGACAAUGAAAAUUCAUCAUUGAGUAGAGAUGGAAUUGAAAUAUUAACAAAAACACUUCACAAAGUUGAUGAUAUAAAAACAACAACUAAAAAAAUACCAACAACAACAACAACAGCGGCAACAGAAUGUUUAACUGGAUUUUUAUGUAAUGAUGGUAAAUGUCUUCCAGCAACUGGUAGAUGUAACAUGUUGGGUGAAUGUUUAAACUCUGAAGACGAAGCAAAUUGUACAUGUGCUGAUUUUCUAAAGACUCAAUUACUAGUACAUAAAAUUUGUGAUGGUAUAUUAGACUGUUGGGAUUAUUCAGAUGAGGAAAAUUGUGAUUGGUGUACAAAGGGACAAUUUGUAUGUGGAAAUAGUCAAUUUUGUGUUGAUCAAGGAAAAGUAUGUGAUGGUACAUGGGAUUGUCCAAGUGGUGAAGAUGAAAAAAAAUGUGCAGCAUUAAUUGAAGAUGAUAAAAAUCAUGAUAAUAAAACAUUUGAUAAUUUAAAUGAUAGAAUAAACAAUAAACGAUAUGAUGGAAAAAAUAUAUGGAGUAAAAUUGAUGAUAAUUUGAAUAAAAAAAUUAUAAAUACAAAUGAUAAAUUAUUAUUUGAAACAACAACAACAUUGAAAAUAAUUUCUGAUGAUGUUGAUGAAGAUGAUAAUUCAAAAAUGGAUUAUUUAGAUAAAAAUGUUAAAGUUGUUGGCAGAGAAAUAUCAUCAAGUACAAAAAAUAAAUUAAUGGGAUCAAAUUCAUUUCAUGCAUCAUCAAAAGUUGGUCAUAUUAUUGAAAAUAAUAAUAAGCAUGUUAAAGAGGUAAAUGGUUAUAGUGAUCGUGGAUUUUUGAGUGUUCGUAAAAAUGGUAAAUGGGGAAAGCUUUGUUUGAAUGGAAUGGAAAAUUUAAUGGAAGAACGUAGAGCAUUGUGGACAAUUGAGGAUCUUGGUAGAGCAGUUUGUAAAGCAAUAACAUAUCAAGACUAUGAGAAUGUAGAAAAAAUUACUGAUGAUAGACAUGAUGAUAAUAAAAUAUAUUACAGUUUAUUUUUCAAUGAUAAAACAACUGAUAAAACAAGUUUGACAUUUAAAUUAUCAACUUGUCCAAGUAGAGAAGUGUUACGUGUUAAAUGUAAAAAUUUAGAAUGUGGAAUAAGAACACAAACAACAUCACAAGCAAGAAUUGUUGGUGGUGAUAGUUCAACAGCUGGAAGUUGGCCAUGGCAAGUUGCACUUUAUAAAGAAGGUGAUUAUCAAUGUGGUGGUGCACUUAUCAACAACAAAUGGAUUUUAUCAGCUGCACAUUGUUUUUAUCGCACACAAAAUGAAUAUUGGGUAGCAAGAAUUGGUGCAACACGUAGAGGAAGUUUUCCAAGUCCACAUGAACAAAUAAUAACACUUGAUUAUGUUGCUCUUCAUCCUGAUUACAUUGACAAUGGUUUUAUAAAUGACGUGGCACUUCUUCGUCUUGAAAAAUCAGUUGUAUUCAGUGAUUAUGUUCGUCCAAUAUGUCUACCUGAUGCUGAGCCUAAAAGUGGUACAAAAUGUACGGUCACUGGUUGGGGACAAUUAUUUGAAGUUGGUAGAAUAUUUCCUGAUACACUUCAAGAAGUUGAAUUACCUUUGAUAUCAACAGAAGAGUGUACAAGAAAAACAUUGUUUCUUCCAUUAUACAGAAUAACUGCUGGAAUGCUUUGUGCUGGUUUAAAAGAUGGUGGUAGAGAUGCAUGUAUGGGUGACAGUGGAGGACCACUUGUUUGUCGAGGUCCAGACAACAGAUAUACUCUUCAUGGCAUAACAUCAAAUGGAUAUGGAUGUGCUCGACCAGGAAGACCAGGUGUAUACACAAAAGUACAUCAUUAUAUAUCUUGGAUUGAUAAAACAAUGUUAGACACUGAUGUACCAUCAAUUGUUCCUGUUUGCAAAGGUCAUCGGUGUCCUCUUGGUGAAUGUCUACCAAAAUCAAGAGUUUGCAAUGGUUUUUUAGAAUGUUCUGAUGGUAGUGAUGAACGUAAUUGUAUGCCAAACUUAUGAUAAACAUUUAAACAAACAAACAAACAUACAUUUAGUUGAAUUAAGUGUCAGGAUUUUUUUUUUUU